AGUUACUGGCAACUGGCGUAUGUUUGUCUUUCUUUUAUUUUCCGUUCGUCCAAUGCCUGCUCUAUUAUUUGCAAAAAUGUACCGUGUGUUUGGUGGCUAAACAUUUUUACGAUGAAACAAAUUCGCACGUCGAUCGUUGAUGUGAUGUUCUACGCAUGACUUAUUCGUUUGUUGUGUUCGAUGUCGAUCCUAUGCCAUUACCAUUUUCAGUUUAAGAAUUUCGAUUAGUGGUUUUGAUCUACACUACACAACAAUGGAUUAUCCGGUUCAUAAAGAUCACAUGAAUUUUGUAUGGAUGAAUGGAGACAAUAAUAUGUUUAUUCCCCACUCUGAAAAUGAACAUACUGCAGCUAUAGAUCCGGCGUUUUUUGAUAACUCUAUGCCACAGACGGAAACUAUUCAACCUAGCAUGGAAUUGAACAAUUACAUGUUAUACAAUCAUCCAAAGGAUAUGGAUAACUCAAAUGGAAUAUGGAAAUUCCAAGCUGCACGUAGUAUUCAGAACAUUGGGAUUUGUGAACAAGGAAGAAAAAUAAAUGCACCUACCUCUCGCAAAAUUAAACCUAUUCAAAAUCCUGCAUUAAAAUUGAAAACUCCUAUUGCAUAUCAAAGAGAUUCAGAUCCUAACAUGUUACCUAUUGAAAAAGAAGGAAGAGCUGUUUGUAUAAAUUGCGGUGCCAUUGGUGUUAAACAUUCAUUUUACACAAAACUAAGAAAUUUCUGCAGUCAAGCUUGUGUUAAAGCAACAAUGGAAAAGUCUGCAAUCUAUUGGUCCGGGGAAUCUCAAAAUAAAGAUAUUUCUGAAGAACUAGAAUCAUCUUCUACUUCUGUAAAAGAUGAACAUGUAUUUACUGAAAUGCCCAAAAUUGAUGUCAGUAAUUACCUUAUUUCCUGCUGAAAAAAGCGAGGUUAAAGCUCACCAAAAUUAUGGAAG